AUGCGAUUUCUUUGCUUACACGGAGGCGGCACAAAUGGCGAAAUCUUUGAAAUCCAGAUUGGAGGCCUCCGCCAGAUGCUAGAGAAAAGCGGCCACCGCUUCACAUUCAUGAACGGAAAGAUGAGUGCCAAUGUCGAAGAGGAACUCGAAGGCAUAGUGGACGGCCCCUUCUAUAACCACUACGCUCGAGGUUCCUCACCAGGCUCUAGCGUCCUCGAAGCGUUCGAUCAUACCAAGCGCUUUAUCGCAGACGAAGGCCCAUUCGAUGCGGUGAUAGGCUUCUCACAAGGUGCGGCAUUAGCAGCCUCACUUCUAGUCCACCAACGCAGGACACGCCCAGCUGAACCGCCGCUAUUCCGCGCCGCGGUGUUUAUCUGCGGCGCAGCACCGUGGGAAACCACCGGACUGAAGCAUAUCGUCCCGCAGCCGGAUACGUAUCCGAUUACAAUCCCGACCGCGAAUAUAGUUGGCAAGGCGGAUGCGCUGUUCCCUGAAGGCGUUAGCUUAUAUGAGCUUUGUGAGCCCACCAAGGCGGCUUUCUAUGAUCAUGGUUCUAAGCAUAUGGUUCCAUUUGAUGCGAAGAAUACGGAGGAGAUGGUUAGGGUUAUCGAAGAGACUGUUGCGAAGGCUAGUAGGGGUUAG